CGUCGGCGCUUCGCGGAGUUGGAAUCUUGUUGCUUGUCGGCUUGUGCGCGCGUGCGCGGACAUGGCCUCAAACGACUACACCCAACAAGCAACCCAAAGCUACGGAGCCUAUCCCACCCAACCUGGGCAGGGCUACUCCCAGCAGAGCAAUCAGCCUUACGGUCAGCAGAGCUAUGGUGGCUAUGGCCAGUCAGCGGACACAUCAGGCUAUGGCCAGAGCAGCUAUGGUUCUUCCUACGGACAGACGCAGAGCAGUGAGUCGCUUCCAGUGGGCCUUCCUCUUGCUGAAAUGUUGCUUUUCUCAAGUAACUAUGGCCAAGAUCAGUCCUCCAUGAGCGGUGGCGGCGGCUAUGGCAACCAGGACCAGGGUGGCUAUGGAGGCCAGGACCGUGGCGGCCGGGGCCGUGGUGGCGGCGGCGGCGGUGGCUACAACCGCAGCAGUGGUGGCUAUGAACCCAGAGGUCGUGGUGGCGGCCGUGGCAGCAGAGGUGGCAUGGGCGGAAGUGACCGUGGUGGCUUCAAUAAAUUUGGUGGCCCUCGGGACCAAGGCCCACGCCAUGACUCUGAACAGGAUAACUCCGACAACAAUACCAUCUUUGUGCAAGGCCUGGGUGAGAACGUCACCAUCGAGUCCGUGGCGGAUUACUUUAAGCAGAUUGGUAUUAUCAAGACAAACAAGAAGACAGGACAGCCCAUGAUCAACCUGUACACGGACAGGGAGACAGGCAAGCUGAAGGGCGAGGCCACCGUCUCCUUUGAUGACCCGCCUUCGGCUAAAGCCGCUAUCGACUGGUUUGACGGUAAAGAGUUCUCGGGGAAUCCCAUCAAGGUCUCCUUUGCAACGCGGCGAGCAGACUUCAAUCGGGGUGGCGGCAAUGGUCGUGGAGGCCGAGGACGGGGAGGACCUAUGGGCCGUGGAGGCUAUGGAGGUGGUGGUAGCGGUGGCGGCGGCCGAGGAGGAUUCCCCAGUGGAGGAGGAGGUGGUGGAGGACAGCAGCGAGCUGGAGACUGGAAGUGCCCUAACCCCACGUGUGAGAACAUGAACUUCUCCUGGAGGAAUGAAUGCAACCAGUGUAAGGCCCCGAAACCAGACGGCCCAGGAGGGGGACCCGGUGGCUCGCACAUGGGGGGUAACUACGGAGAUGACCGUCGAGGUGGCAGAGGCGGCUAUGAUCGGGGCGGCUACCGAGGCCGUGGUGGCGACCGAGGGGGCUUCCGAGGGGGCCGGGGCGGUGGGGACAGAGGUGGUUUUGGCCCUGGCAAGAUGGACUCCAGGGGGGAUCACAGGCAGGACCGCAGGGAGAGGCCGUAUUAACCUGGCUCCUGGAACAGCUGUCCUCCCGCACCACCCCCACCCCUUGUUCUUUUUGUAACCUUCCACCUCCACGGGUUUUUUGUGUUGGACUCUGUAAUUGUAACAUACCUCUGGUUCCCAUUAAAAACCAUCGUUUUAGUUA